GUAAUCAGGACGAAGCAAUCUUAAACCAGCAGGGCAGGGCACGGCAGAAUCUUCUCGAGAAAACCACCACUAAACUUCCUUCCUUCAACUUGCAAACAUUCCCUCAGACAUUUUCUUUUCCAUCCUGCUAACCUAUUAUAUAUCAAUAAUCAAUGGCUUCCCUCUCAACUCAGCAAUUCUUUCCCAUCAGCCCGCCGGAGAGAGUACCAUAAAUGAGGUCCGAGAAUCGUAUUCCUGUUCAAUCCACCCCUGGAAACAGCAGGCCCGUGAAGCGGCACCACUCCGCCACUUACUACGCUCACCGCGUCAAAGAAAGUCUCACCACCAGACUCUCCAAGCUCAUCUGCGCCAUAUUUUUAACCCUUCUUUUCCUUGUGGGCAUCACCACUUUCGUUCUCUGGCUCAGUUUACGUCCCCACAGGCCCAGAUUCCAGUUCCAGGAAUUCUCUAUCCACCCUGCAUUCUCCCAAAGAAAUGGAUUCCUGAACCCCAAGAUAAUCUACAAUGCCACCGCGCAUAAUGCUAACCAAAACAUUGGUAUUUACUAUGAUUCCAUGCAUUUCGAUGUGUUUUAUGAGGACCACAGUAUAGGCGGUUCCCCGUUGUUGUUUCCGUUUUAUCAGAAACCCAAAAAUACUACCAUCAUCGCCGGACAACUGGGCGCCACCGCCCUGACGGUGAACAGGAGACAGUGGCAGAAGUUCACGGCGGACCUGGCGCGGGGCCAGGUGGUUUUCCGUCUUCAGAUUACGUCAAUCAUUCGGUUUAAGAUAUCGAGUUGGGAUAGCAAGCGCCAUAAGUUGCGAGCGAAUUGUCCGGUCGGAGUCGGACCGGACGGUUCGAUAUUACCAAUCUACAAAGACAAGCGAUGCCCGACUUACUUCACCUAUAGUUCAGUGUGAUCCAGAUGUCUCUAAUGCUUUUAAGUUCGUUUUGGGUAUGUUUUUUCAUUUUUUUACCACUCCGGAUUUCGUCGUGCAAUUUUGAUUUCAACCUUCGGCAUAUUAUUUUGUUAAUAAAAUGUGUACAAAAUUAUUUA